AUGCUGAAGGUGCCAAGCAACAGGACCAGAGUGUCACCAUACCCGCUUCGCUCUACAAGGACUCAGAGAGAACCUAUCAAGGCACAAGGCCCAAGCCAAUGGGAGGAUGUCUUGUGUGUGAUCUGCCAGGAAGCGCCACACAAUGCCAUCCUCAUGCGGUGCUCUUCAUCCUCCACUGGAUGUCGUGCUUACAUGUGCGACACAAGUGUUCGUCACGCCAACUGUUUCAAGCAGUACCGCAAGAAAAACAUGAACCGUGUAACCAAGGUCAUGAACUGUCCUUACUGCAGAGGAGAGGUUUAUGAGGCGAUGAAGGUGCAGUCGGAUGGAAGGAGAGAUCUGAAUGCUAAACCGAAGUCUUGCGCUUUCGAGAACUGCAAUUUCUCUGGGACAUAUUCUCAGCUUAAGAAUCACUUGAAAGCUGAUCAUCCCAGUUACACCCGACCCUUGGUCGACCAGGGGAGAGAGCGGGCGUGGGAACAGAUGCAGAGAGCAACUGAGUACAAUGAUAUCAGUACUGCAGCUGGUCUCCUGCACAGUGGCUUGGAGGUUUUGCUUCAACAGCUUCCGGAUGUUCCUCCUCGUUUGGUGAUUCUGCUCUGGGAUUCUUAA